AUGGCUUCGAUAAAUGAGAAUCUUGUUGCUGCGGGGGAUUUACCGUAUUAUAAGGCUGCUACGGUGGCUGGACUAAAAGACCAGCUACGAGAGAACAAUCUCCCCAUAGACGGCCGGAAAUACGAUCUCUACCUACGUCUGCGUGAUGCUGGGAUCCUUAUACCACCCGGUGCAGCAGCACUGAUCCCGGCCUUGAACCGUCGUCCCUUGUCCCUGUUGGAAUGGGUCGGGAGGCGGGUCUUAGCUGAUACCCGUUUCCGGACCACCAACCGCACGCGCAUCAGGCGGGUCAUCGACUCCUACCUGUCGGCGUACCCAGCCGCCGACCCACCAGCCGGAGCGAGCCCGGCAAACAACCCACGUAACGCCAUCUUGUAUUAUUUCCGAGACCGCGCCGACCUCGCGGGCCAGAUCAGCGUCAUCGGACGCGCAGCUGCUCUCGGCGAGGUGCACAUUGUGCACCUCCUUAUCGCGUACGGUGCAGACGUGAACGAGGUGGUGAACGGCAGGACCGCCAUUGACGAGGCUGCGGUCGAUCUUUCAACUGACCCACGCCGCUUGCAAUCUAUCUUUGCUCUACUCGGGGCUGGUGCCAGUCUGGAUAACCUGGACCCUGAAACAUUGGACGAGGUUGUUCUCAUGAUGCAGGCCGUGAGUGGCGACCCUGGAUGGGAAGGCGAAGGCUACGAAUGGCCCAGGGUCGACAACCUCCUGGCAUUGUCCGCCCGGGAGUUCCUCGCCGACGAGCGCUCUCCCAGCGACGACAGGAAGUUAGUGGCAAUGUUUAUGCUUUGGGAGGGACACGACAACUAUCCGUCCUUCCUUUGA